GUUUUGAAUCCGGUGCUCAGUGUGUAUCCAGACGCGCGGGAGGGAGUAGUGUUGCGCCCCGUCUCUCGCUCCCCCAUCCGCCGCAGUAGUUGUGAUUUGAAUAAUACAAAGUAGAACAGAUUGAAGAACACUGAACGAACGAACGAACGGAGAAGAGAAACCCGAUAAACUAGAGAAAAAAACACGAAAGAAAAGGAAGAAGAGAGAAAAAAGGGAUAAAUUUAUAGAAAAGCGAAGGAAGAAGAGAAAUUUGAUAGGUUUAUAGAAAAAAAUAUAUAGAUAACACGAAGAAAGAGGAAAUAAACUUGAUAAAUCCACAGAAAAACGAGAGAAUAUAAGAAAAAAAGACAAGAAAGCGUAAAAGGAAUAAAAAAACAAAGGAUAAACAGUAACAAAAAGAAAAAUAAGAGAAAACAAACGAAGAAAAAAGGAAGAAAUAAGUAAUAGAGAAACAAGAACAAGAAACAGACACACUGAAACAAAAAAAAAGAACAGAAAACAAAACAAAUUAAAUAAAAAAGCGAAAAAUAAAAGCAAAAUCGAAAAAAAAGCCGCUACUUUCCCACCAUGUUGCUAAUAAGUAGCGGACGUUGAUGGGGGUGAGAAAGUGACAAACUUGACAUACCUUUUUAUCUGCGAGAGAAAAGAGAGAGAGAGGGAGAGAGAAGAGAGAGGAGCGAUGGACAGGCCCCCUAUCUCCACCUCCUGACGGGGCCACGGCUAUCUCCUUAAAUACAGGGAAGGAGGAGGAGGAGGAGGAGGGGGAGGAGGAGGAGGAGGAGGAUGAGAGGGAAGAAUACACGAGUGGAGAUAAAAAGAGGGAAGAGGAGUGAAAGUGGAGAGAAAAAGAGGGAGAUAAAGAAAGAAAAAGAAGAAGAAGAAGAAACAAAGGAGAAUUGAGGGAGAUAAGAUAACUGAGGAGGGAAGAGAAAUAGAAAGAGAAUAGGAAAAGGAGGUGAAGAGGAGAUAAGGAAGAUAACAAGUGGAAAGAGAGAGAGAGAGAGAGAGAGAGAGAGAGAGAGAGAGAGAGAGAGAGAGAGAGAGAGAGAGAGAGAGAGAGAGAGAGAGAGAGAGAGAGAGAGAGAGAGAGAGAGAAACAAACGAAAAAGCUGAAAAAAGUGACUUAGGGAGUGAAAAUAAGUGAAUGACCUUAGUGUGACCUCUUGUGACCUUACGCGGUGAUGGAUCGGAGGUCAAGGUCGCCGCUGAAGAAGCCGGAGAUGAAGAGGAGAACACUUAGCAUCACGAGGCGGAGGAGGCUGUCCGUGGAUGAGGGGAGACAGGUCACCCACGCCAGAAAAGAGUUUGUGGCUCAUGGCGCUAAUGUGAACUGUCUGGCGCUCGGGCACAAGUCGGGCCGUGUACUGGUGACCGGAGGGGACGACAAGAAGGUGAACCUCUGGGCCGUCGGCAAGCCUAACUGUAUACUGAGCUUGUCAGGCCACACCACCCCAGUAGAAUGUGUGCGGUUUGGAGGGUCGGAGGAGCUGGUGUGUGCUGGCUCCCUCAGCGGCGCCCUCAAGAUCUGGGACCUGGAGGCUACCAAGAUUGUGCGCACCCUCACUGGCCACAAAGCAAACAUCCGCUGCAUCGACUUCCACCCCUACGGUGACUUCAUUGGCACUGGCUCCCUUGACACCAACAUUAAGCUGUGGGACAUCCGGCGUAAGGGCUGUAUCUUCACCUACAAGGGCCACAACCUCACUGUCAACAGCCUUAAGUUCUCGCCAGAUGGACAGUGGAUUGCGUCAGCCGGUGAGGACUGCAAUGUUAAGCUGUGGGAUCUUCGGGCGGGCAAGAUGAUGACGGAGUUUGCUCAGCACCCGGGGCCAGUCAGCGAUGUAGAGUUCCACCCACAUGAGUUCCUCCUCGCUUCCGCCUCACAUGACAGAACCGUCAACUUCUGGGACCUGGAAAAAUUCUCAUUGGUGUCUGCCACAGAUGCCGACACUGGCCCCAUCAGAACCAUAGCCUUCCACCCUGACGGGGACUGUGUGUAUGCUGGCUCCCCUGACGUGCUCAAGGUGUAUGGGUGGGAGCCAGCCCGCACGUUUGACACAGUGGCCAUGGGCUGGGGCAAGAUACAGGACAUUGCCAUUGCCCAGAAUCAGUUGAUUGGCGCAGGCUUCCAUGGGGUGCAUGUGUCGCUGUACGUGGUGGACUUGAAGCGGGUACAGCCCUUCGGUGGCCCCCAGCAGGACGUGCCCUCCACCUUCCGCUACGGUGCCGCCAUCCGCAAGAGCUUCAGCAAAGAUAAGAACUCUGGGAAAGCUACUGUGGAGUCAAUGAAGGUGGAGGAAGCGUCAGACACAGGCGGAGAGGAGCCCCCAGAGGAGGACCCGCCACCAGAGAUCACCAACCUCAAUGACUACAAUGUUAUCUUCAGAACGCGCCGUGAACUACAGAGAACUCCACCCCUGCCAGAGCCCAAACCAACCAUAAACAAUAACAAUGACCCAAUGGUGCCACAAGUCAUGUCAAGCCCAGAUGUGAUUAGACCCGAGCCAGUGAGACCUGUGCCAGCCUCCUCGGCCCGCCCCACCACCCCGGACACCACCAGACGGGGCUCCCACGGCGUGUCCCACCUGCCCCGCCCCAUCACCACUCCAAGGGAAAAUGCCACCCCAAGAUAUGAUAAUGGUAACCAGCCACAGACGCCUCCCUCAAACCCUAGCAGCUUUUCGAGUUUGUUCGAAAGACGCAGCUCCACUCAGGACCCAUCGCUCUACAACUCCCCCCAUAGCUGCUCAGGGAUCACUCACUCAGCGGUAGCGGAAGCCCCAACCUCAGCAAUCAGCCGUACAGAGCGAGAGCCGUGUCCGAGAGCCGCAGGGAAACACGGGGACAUGUCUGGGGCACCUUGUGAGUCUGAGGGCAACAGGUACCACAUCCGGCACAGCCCCUCCGAGCCCUACCUGGUGCGUCAGUCCUCCUCACCAGUCCCUCCCGUGUCCUCCCACGCCUACCACGACUCAGCCCCAAGCCUCCCACAGCUAGCACGACCCGACAUCACCAACCUGAGUCGAACAGAAGCCUCCUCCAAGCCUGACCUGACCUCCCACAGUAAACCCAUGGACCGGCCAGCCCUUGUGAGGCCCGGACCGAGGCCACACUUACCCCAAAGCCCUGAUGUGACCUACCUAGGCUCCUCCAAGACCACAAGUCCUGAGAUCUCUUACAUGGGGACGCCAAAGGAACCACCAGACUAUAGCUACCAGAAGGAGAACGUGAAGGAGGUUGACUACUCCUCAGCCUUCUCCAGUCACUCAGAUAAAGGAAUCAUUAACUUUGAUGAUUUUAUGCCGAACAAGCUAGGCGGGCUGAGUCUGGGCGGUGGCGGAACAGGCACCACCAGCCUGACGGGGAUUGCCGGCACUGAGAUGUCAGAGCAGGAGGUGAUCAAUAGCAUCAUGGGCGGCCACUCCUCCAUGAUGUCCGUCAUCUCUGCCCGAGCGAGGGGACUCCAGAUCGUGCACAAGCUGUGGCAGACCAAGGAUCUCAAGACAGCGGUGGAGCAUGCCCUCAACACCGGAGACCAGGCAUUACUGGCUGACCUGCUCACCAUCAUCAAUCUGCGCCCGCGUGGCAGGUCAAGUUGGAACCUUGACCUCCUGACAGCCCUCCUGCCACCCGUCAGUCUGAUGCUGCAGAGUAAAUAUGAAACCCACGUGUCAGUUGGCAGCAAUGCUCUCAAGCUCAUGAUCAAAAACUUUGCGGUAAUGAUCAAGUCCAACAUGACUGGCCCUAUCCACUCUGUUGGGGUGGACAUCUCCAGGGAAGAAAGGUACAACAAGUGUGUGGAAUGCUACAACCACAUGAUGUCAAUCCGAGCGUUCCUCCUGAAGCGGCAGACAGUGCAGGGCAAGAUGGGCACAGUCUACAGGGAGCUGGUCAUCCUGAUGCAGGCGUUUGAGUAGCUCCUGCUGUCCUGAGUGACUCCCUUGGCAACACUGACCUGACCACUGUGCUGAGGUGCUGAGGACGGCCCAGGUCAGCAGUGAGGUGGCCAGCUUGUGGGUGGAGUGAAGGAUCAGUGGACAAGAUGCUGGGUGACCCAGCAGCAAACUUUUUGUGGCAUGCGAGCAAUGUUUUGAAAUGCGCUCGUUGUGAUAGAAGCCAUUGUUGCUUCCCCUUUUGAACUUUAUAGUCUUUAAGUCAGAUGAACGCUUGAAAACAAUGUAGAAAAAUAUUAAUAUCAUCAAUUUCACCAAAUAUUAAUACUACUACAUGCAGUAUGUAUAACAGAUGUAUAUUAUGACAGAGUGCGCUAAUCUCUGCUAUUACCACUGCACUGUGUCUGUAUAUAUCUUUAUGGAGUUAUGGGAUAGGUGCUUAUAACAUUACAGAUUUCCUCCAGAGUGCACACCACUGAAAAGAGUGAACCAGCUGAGUGGAGACAGACUGGUGAGCCGAGCACUGUGGUGUGUGCCCCUCACUCUGCCACACACCCUGGACUCAGCUGGUUACUGUGCUGGUCAACUGGUUACUGGUGAACUGGUUGCUGGUGUACUGGUCAAGUGGUAUACUGGUCAACUGGUGUACCAGUUAGCUGUUGAACUAGUGAACUGGUCAACUGGUGCAUGCAUAGUGAGGUGACUUAGCAACUCAUUAUACAUAAAAUUCGUGCCUUCUCAUUUUUACUCAGCGUCUGGUUCUGGUGUGGCGCUGAGCUCAGAAACAGCAGCAGCAACAGCCAUCAUGAGCCAUGGAGGCUGCCAGGCGCUGGGUGGCUGCCUCAGCUUUACCGGUGGGAUGGUACAUUAUCAUUCCCAUUGUUGUGAUUUGAAGGAACUUUGCGUUGCCAGAUACGUACCUUGAUUCUUUUUGGAGCUGAGUAGCGCAUCUUUGUUUUAUGUCCCUUGUGCAUCGCAGGGAACAAGAGCGGCAUCAUUUUUUUAUUUUACUUCACAUUCCCACCAGCCAUGCGAGGUCUUGGCUUGGCUCGACCCCCACACUUCCCUCAAGGUCCUCAUACACACCCAUUUUGAAGAGAGCGUUUUCCCUAAACUUUACUCUUGCCGUACGUAAUCAAAUACCUUUUUAGUUUAGCGUCAAUCUCCAAACACUCCAGUAGAAGCUUGAAGGAAGGGCGGCAUAGAAUUGUCCCCUUAACAUUCACUGACUGAAAGGUAAAGUUUGAGGGAAAAUACAACAGGAAGUGUGUGUGUGUAUGUGUGCGUGUGUGUGUGCAUUUGAGUUGUAUCCUGCAACGUACACAGGACUCCACACUCCCACUCCUGCCAGCAAGGAAAGAAGUUUAUUUCAUUUCUUAUCUAUUUAUCACUUAUGGUGAGUGUGUAGUUUCCUGCAACCAGUGAUGGAAGAGUCAGGUGAUCUGGCUUAUGAAAAACUGCACUUCUUUGUAUCUCAGUUAAAUAAAAACACUAAGAACAUGAACUGAAUAAAAUGCCAUCAGGGUUGUCUGAGAUGAGAAUAAUCCUGUACAAUUCUGCCCUCUUGAAUUGAAUAUCUUAUCUGUAUACCAGGCCAGUAAUCCCUGCUCCUGGUGGAAAGGGACAGUCUCAUGGACAACCCUACUGUAUCCCGUACAACUCUCAUAAAGAUAAGUACAGGAGAAGAAUUAAAAACGUUGGCUUAUUUGAUAUCCGAAAUGCCUUGAUGUUCCUCUCUGGUGAUGGGAAACUGCACACUGCCUUUUUUCCCCAAAUAUCGGAGGUGUUGAGCACUCUGGCCUGAGCGGGGCAGUGCCAAAUACUGACACUUGUGUUGCAGCACAUUGCUGUGGAAAUUUCCUUCUCCAGAUUAUUGGAGACACUACAGUAUGUCAAUUUGUUUCUUCUUUUUUACUUACUUGUAUUCCUUAAAAUGAAUAAGAUUAUGAUGUAUUUGUGACUCAGGAGUUUUCUAUUCUAAAGUUCUGCUAUUAUGACAAGUUACCUUUUUGUUACUCUGAUACUGUUGUUAUUGUGUCUAUGUCCCUCUGUCCUUUAUUCCAUUCAUUUUGCUUUCUCCUUUAUUCCUUACCAUCAUCCUUCUACCUGCCUCUUCCUCCUCACUUCUUACCCCAUUCCUUCAGCUCUAUCAAGUCACUUCAACCAACUGUUCCAUUCCUGGCAUCUCUCAUUACACCCUCCUCACACCACACAGUCUCUUGGUAAACAUGUACACAUUUGGUCAAAACAUUCAUUAUUAUACUGCAGUAUUGUUUCUCACCCUAUCUUUCUGUUCAGCCCUGUUGAAGUAAGAGUUACGAACCUCCAGGCAUCAUUUUUAGCAGCAGAUGGACUGGAGAAAGCCACUUUGGAUACACACUGUAAGGGAAACAUCCAGCCAGUAAUGCAAAGUGUGUUUGGCCUCUCCAGUAACCUCAAUGUACAGACAGUGCUUUUUCUUAGCCAAUUAUCAAUGCAGUCAGUCAGCAGUUUCGUGCCUUGGAGGGUUUACGGUAGUAGUUCUGUGUUAUUUUAUCCUUACUGUGAGUUUAUACACAAACAUUGCGCUUCGGUUAGUGAGGGGGCAUUGAAUACUACGCCAAUCAAUCAUGCAGCUGUUUAUGUGCUUUUUGACUAACCUCAUAAGCCCAGAACAAGAAACAGCAGGCGAGACAUGGCUUUGGUGGCUCAGCACAGAUCACUGGAUGGGUUUGGAUGGCUUGGAUUGGCUCGGGAAGUGGCUUUGGUGGCCCCAGGUUUUGAUUCUCACAUGCCAAGGUAGGAAUGGUCUCAAGGAUUUGCUGAAAUUUUCCAAACGUUCCAAAGUCUUGAAUGGUUUUUGUGUGUGUAUAAUGUGCAAGUGUGUUUAGUUUUUGAGAGGUACAGAGAUUAGUCUGCUGUUUGUUUAUGAAGUGGAGGUACGCUAGGAUUAUGAGAGGUACUGAAGGUGAAUGGCUUGUUUAACGUGUACAGUAUGGAAAUACUACAUUAGAGUUUUGAGAAUUCAUGAUGUGAUCUUGAUAUUGAUAGCAUUGUUGUGUGUUGACGCUUCUUCAGGAAAGGUAGACCGUAAAGAAAUAGUUGAGCAAACUUGUUGUUUAUCAAUGUUUUUUUGUAAGUAUGGCAAAGAUGAAGUACAUAUGUGUUUUGCAAAUAAUUUAGAAGUGUAAGUACUUGGGGAGGGUAGGUUAUGUGAGUGGGGAAUGUACAGUGCAGGUGUAGAUGAGAAUGUGAGAGUACAGGUGUAAAGCAACAUUAUUAGCUCAUGAGAAAGUAGAAGUACAGGUGUGUUUGAUUGGCAAUGUGAGAGUACAGGUAAAAAACACCUGUUAAUCUUACUUGUGCAACCCUUCAUGACUGGGGGGCAAAAAAUUAAGAUGGUAAAAGAUUUAAACCAUUGCAUCACUUUGUUCUCUGUGGUGUGUUUGAAGCUUUAAAUUCAUGUCACAACAUUUAAACAUUGAGGAGGAACCAUAACAGUAGUCAGAGUGGGAGUAAGAAUUGAGAUAGAUAGAAUAUUAGUAUUUGGGAGAGGAGGAGAGGAGGCCAAGUGUGUGAGGCAGUGCAGUGUAUGGAUGGCUCCCUCUUAUAUUCUCGUCCCUGUUAUUUGGGUAGCAGUUGACAAUACAUGGUGUGGGAGGUAUAGAUAAAGCAUUGAAGGAUUAAUAGGCCAAAGUUUUUAGUGAUGGGAAGACAGGCUGAUGGGGUACUGGUCCUUAGCAAGACUUAAGUAGAAGUUCUGUAGUGUUUCCCAUCCUGCAUUUGCCUCUUUGUCUUACUAUAGUUUGCGAUGCACUAAAAACCUCUCGAAUCAAAGGCAGGGGAGGUGUUGUAUUUAUUUACAUAUACCAUCAAGAGCAGCAGGUAUAGCAGAAUUCCAUCCAACAUAUUAUUUUCUCCCCAAAAAUCCUCUGGUUGCAGUUGAACGGAAACUUUGAUUUAAGCUGGAGUUGUAAAUCUUGAAGCUCUGAAUUUUCCCAUUCCAAGAGUCACCUGAAGGACUACUACAACUACUACUACUACUACUACUACUACUACUACUACUACUACUACUACUACUACUACUACUACUACUACUACUACUACUACUACUACUACUACUACUACUACAUACUUUCUUAACCAAAUAUGUAGCUUAAGUUUACUAUUACAUACGUUUUUCUAACCAUGGCAAAGGCUGUGUUGGGGCGGUGAAGCUUGGUUGUUUUGUACGUGAACUCUUUGCAACUUGGUUCUGUUCUUGUGCGUAUGUAUGUAUGUAUGUCUGUGUCUCCUGCGCUUUGAACCUGGUGCUCACUCUAACAAUAACUAACUGGAUCUCAAAGGAACUGUCUUGUGUUUUUUCGCAUUCAUAUCCCCAGUUGUCUGUCAGAGGUGAUACCUGACCUCUGGCAGUGAAAGUCUCAAAAUUACUUGUAGUACUGUGAAUCUGAAAGUAUUGCAGGUUUUGUUCAUGUACUUUUGUUUUUAUUUCGGGACCAUCCACGUGUUGGUGAGCGUUGUGUGUGUUGGUCUUGCAUUACAGUUAUGGAUGAUUGUGUGACGCUGUGCAUGAUUGAGUCUCAGGAUUUUGUGUCGGAAGAAAUAGGAAGAAGUUAAACUGCCACUCUGUUAAUGGAUGAAAAACUUAGCUGCCACUCUGUUGAUCAGCUAAAAAAUGAGGGAUAUAUGUGAUAUGGACUUAGAAAUGAAAUAGCCACACUUAUUGAUUAACCAAGUGUGGGAUUUUGCAUAGGUAAAGAUUUGACUGCUACUCUGUUGAUUAGCUAGAAAACUGAGAAUAUGUGUGAUGUGGAGCUAGAAAUGAAAUCAUCACACUGUUGAUUAACCAAGUGUGGGAUUGUAUGUACGGGAAAAACUUGAUUGGUACUCUCUUGAUCAGCAAAGAAUAUUAAACAAUGUGUGAUAUAGAGUGAUAAGCUAAGAAAACUUCACACAUUGAUUAACUAUGUGUGGGAUUUUGUGUAGGAAAAAAUUAGAUUUCUACUUUCUUGAUUAGCUAAAAUUGUGUGAUUUGAGACAGGAAACUAUUAAACUGCAAAUACUGAUUAAUUAGUGUGGGGUUUUGUGUAGGGGAGACUAUAUUAUCAUUUGAUUGGCUUAAAAAUGUGUGAUUUGAGAAGAGAAUCUACUAAACAGCACAAAGAGUCUGUGAGCAGUGGUGAGAAGCUUUGUUACUCAGAUGUUUAAUGUUCUGUGAUGGAUAACAAAAGUUGGUCACAUUUUUCAGUCUUUCAUUGUUGUAGUUGUCAUGUUAAGGAGAUGAGAGGGGUGAAGGAUAUACAGAUACAUGUGAUGGAAAGCUUUUGUUACCAGAGAAGCUAAAGGAAGGAUGCAGAAAAGAGAAAGAGAGAGAGAGAGAGAGAGAGACUUGUACUGUCAAAAUUUUGUCCUGGAAAAUAGGGCAGUUAAAAUGAUGAUGGAAGAAGAAAGGAAGGAACAAAAAAGUGACAGGUACGUGAGAUUACAAACUCUUACGCAUUUCUCACUUACAACUUUCUUAAUCUCAACAGGAAAAAAAAAACGAGAUAUGGAACAUUUUUUUGAUUGGUAUAUAUAUGUAAAAUUGAGAGAGAGAGAGAGAGAGAGAGAGAGAGAGAGAGAGAGAGAGAGAGAGAGAGAGAGAGAGAGAGAAUGUGUGGAUGGUCCUGUAUGUUACAGUGAAUUAGUUAAGUCCCAGGCCAACAGAUCAUCAUCUAAUCCACAGUGUGUCAGAGAGAGAGAGAGAGAGAGAGAGAGAGAGAGAGAGAGAAAAGGGAAGGAAUAUUUAUAGUGUAAAUAGAUAAUACGGUGUACAGAGUUUGUGAUAAUAAAAUAUUGUUAAUUUCUAA